AUGUCUCAGCUGCUCGACGCAUCGACUUUGAAGGACAAGUCGGUUAUCAUCACAGGAGGAGCCUCGGGCAUCGGCCUCGCCACAGCGACUCACUUCGCUAAGGCGGGAGCCUAUGUGACUAUUGCAGAUGUGCAGGACGCCGCCGGGGAGAGCAUCGCCGCGGAUCUGGUUUCCCAAGGCGGGAAUGUGUCCUUUGUCCAUUGUGACACCUCCGAUUGGGAGCAAAGCGUCGCUGCAUUCAAGCAUGCAGCUGCAUUUGCGCCGAGCAAAACCUUGGACGUCGCUCUUCUAUCCGCUGGGAUUGAAGGCGACGAAUUCAGUGUAACGGAGCAGGCACUUGCGGCUCCGGAGCCAUCUUUGAGCGACAACACCAUCCCCAAUGAGCCACCAAUGCGCGCAGUGCAGGUGAAUUUGUGUGGAGUGUACAAGAAUGCCUGGUUGGCACUCUACUACAUGCGCCUGCCUUCGCAGGUUGAAACCACCAAUCCGCCGUCGAAAUCGCUCAUCUUCAUCUCAUCAUUUGCCGGUUAUGCGGACAUGCCUAGCAAUACCGAUUACAAUACCUCAAAAUUUGGCGUUCGGGGUAUCUUCCGCGGUCUGCGACACACUACUACCAGCAUGAAUGUGCGCACCAACCUUAUCGCCCCUCUCUGGAUCAACACGCCAAUUUUGCAACCGAAGCUGGCCCAGCUGGCUGCAUUGGGAGUGAAACCAGGAGCGGGAUUGACGUUUGCCAGCAUCGACCAUGUCGUCAAUGCGGUAACGAAGUCCGCAACGGACGAAACAGUUAGUAAGCGCGUUUUCUUCGUGGUGCCGGAAGGAUUUAUCGAUGCUGGUGACGACGAGGCCGGUGGCUGGGCGGCAGACUGCAUGAGGGAACAGUGGAAAGUCAGACGAAGCAAAGGGGAUAUUAUGCCUUGA